AAGCAUCAUCCUCCCGUCGGCCUCAACCCUAUCCCCGCCCAUAAUCCUCUCCGUAACAGCCUCACAAGUAACUAUCCUCCUCACCUUCACCACCACCCUAUCCCUCCUGCGCCUCCUCGCUUCCACUUCUGUAUAAUCCUCUUCCUCCAAUCCGAUCCCAGAGUCGAAUGAGUCAGAAAAAGCGUCUUUAUCGCAUAUCCAAGCCGACAACGCCCCUAACGGGACGAAUGUCGCCUGUCCGAUAUAUAGUCUCUUCAACUUCGGCGUCCCUCCAGGAAACAAGACCUCUAUCCCCGUUCCUGCACUGGCGUCUUGUCCUGGAAUGGGCAAAGGAGGUACGACGGACGUUGAUAUGCUUGGUUGUGAGUGGCCGAAUUUGACUGGGACGGGUGGGAUACCUGGGGAGGAUGAGGAGGGGAAGGCGAUGUUGGAGAGGUGGAGAGAUGUGAGGUUCGUCCAGUUUGCGGAGUGGAAUUGGAGGGCACGGAACGCGGUGGGGACGAUCUGUAGGUAAGCGUGAGCGUGGCUAUUGAGGUGAUAGUCCUUUCAGGGUGUGAUGUGGGGGAAUGAACAAAGUAGAAACUUACAGCGAUAGAGAAAUGGUGCGCUGGAUCUGGUCCAGUCCAUAUGAACGUUUCUGGACUGUGGUACGGGACAGGUCAUGAGACACGUCUACAGGUAGUAAAGCAUCGAAGGUUAACUCACUUGACAAGUCCCAAUGCACUCAGCGAAAUAUCAUCCGUAUUCGAAUUGCUAGUCGAAUGCAACCUCAACUUCAAAAGCUCCAACGGUAACCUCCACUCUCCAUUCCCGUUCUCUCCACCCUCUCCUCUCCUCCCUCCACUCGCAUCUUCACCCAAAUCUGCGUCUACAUCCUCAUCCGCCACGGCCAAACAUUUCUCAAACACCCCUCUCAAUGCCCGAAACGCCCCGCCUCCGACCGCACCCCCGGCCAAGUCAACAACCACACUCCGAGGCCUCCGCGAGGGUUUCCCAUUCUCUAUAAACUUCACCAUGACAUCUGGAGAGCGGAAGUAAAGGUGUUUGUAGAGGAUGUGAGAGGAGAGUGUG